AUGACAGCAACACAAUUCGCAGUAUCAGGAAACCCAGAUAAGGAUCCCAAAGCCGCUGUUCGGUGGCUGGCUGAACAAAGACGGCGACCAAUCCGAGCACCACACAAAGCAGUCCAAUACGGCGAACUGAUCAUCGUCUCCGGCCAUCUCUCCUCUCUUCCCGAUGAAGAUCUCUACUCACUCCUCGAACAGGUCGCCAUUUCCGCGAUCGAACUAGCACGAUUCGAUCUAGCCGAACUCUGCAUCUCUCGUCUCCACUCUCGUUUUCCUUUCUCCGCCCGCGUUACCUCUCUCCAAGGGAUGCUUUUGGAAGGCCAAGGAAACACUACCGCUGCACUAGCACUUUACGAUUCGGCUCUUAUCAAAGAUCCCGCUUCCCUCAUCCUUUCCCGACGUCGCAUUGCAGCACUCAAAAGCCUCGGUGCGUCAGAAGGAAAGCAAAGGGUUAUCGAAGCGCUCAACAGUCACCUCGACACCUUUUAUAACGACCCGGAAGCAUGGCAGGAACUAGCCGAGACGUAUGCGGACGAGGCAAUGUAUGCUCAAAGUGCCUUUGCCUUGGAAGAGGUACUGUUGCAGCUUCCACAGAAUAGUUUCUUCCAUCUGAAAUAUGCCGAGACAGUAUAUACGAAUGGCGAGGUGGCCAAGGCGUACAAGGCCUAUUUGAGAGUCUUGGAGUUGUGUCAGAGCGAUGCUGGUGCGACCGCAACUGCGGCGGGGGACAAGCGGACACAGCAGGGUCCUUGGCUGAGAGCUUUGUGGGGGACAAAAGUCACAACAACGGCUCUUCUUGCAAACCCGGCGUUGGGGAAAGCAAGUUCAGCACAAGACACAAUCAACACGGAAAAGCUCAAGAAGAUCGACGAGUUGCUAACAGGAUUGCUGUUGAACAAGGUCUAUACUCCACAAGCAGUACCGAGUAAGCAUUUGAGGUAUGUUGCCAGGGCUGUACUUGGUGCUUAG